AUGAUUGAGAAAAACGAAGAGGCGCUGAAGUUGCUUGGGUACUCGAAAGAAGAGAUUGAAAGCGGCAAACACAUCAGACUCAAAGCAUACGGUUACGCGGCCGGAGACAAGUGGACCAGAAACAGACCAAUUCAGGCUACCAAAUACCUGGCCAAGGACAACAAGGAGCAUAUGUUGAUGAAAUUUUUUGUUGAGAGCGACUACAAAAUUGCCGUUGUUCAAUUGGAAGCCAUUGAGGAGAAUUUUGUUGAGCAGCAGCUUGUGUACGUGGCGAUGGACGUGAAAGGACAGAAACGGUUCUAUUUGGUUGGAGGUCCAAAAUCCAGCCCCGUGAACAAAAGAUUGGGCCUGAUGAAUGAAUCGGGAUUCCUUGGAGUGAAAUGGGGAAAUAAAAAGGAGUGA